AUGUGGCACAACCGCUUCGGGCAAUUGAGCGCGUCAACUAUCCGCACCAUGGCAACUCAAGGCGUGGUGCACGGGAUCGUCGCCGACUUCUCAACGAACGAGGAGGUGGAGAAGUGCUCGGCGUGUCUUGAAGGGAAGAUGGAAAGGAAGCCGUUUCCAACUCGCACGAAGCCUCUCGCCUCCAACCUGCUCGAUCUCCUCCACACCGACUUGUGUGGACCAAUCACCCCUACCUCCAAAGGGGGCGCACGCUACAUUCUCACCCUCCUCAACGACACUACACGAACGGGCCGCUUCCCAACUCCACCAAACAAGAAGCACUCGAUCGUGGUCAUCCCUCCAACGGUCGAUGACACGGACGAGUCAUCAACUCAUGGUGUUCCCGAGGACAGUGGUGCUAAAGAUGAGGAGGGAGAUGUUGUUGAAGUGGUUGGAGUGGAGAGUGAGAAGGAUGGUGGUCCUUCUACAGUCGUCGCUCCAACGCUUGCAUCUACUCGAGCUCCUCACCCGAACCCGAAGUACGCCGACUACUCAUUUUUGGUGGAGGAUGAUGAGGAAGGGGGAGAUGCCAUGUGCUUCAUGGCCGACUUCACACCUACCACCUACCGUGAGGCGAUGGAGACGCUCCAAGCCGAUAAUUGA